AUGAGUGCUAUACCACAUCAUCAAACAACAAUCGCCAAUCCCGAAGCAGUAACAUCAGCAAUAAAUGCUGCAUUUGCUGAAUUUAUUGCUGACGAACCUACUACAACUGCUCUUCUUUUACAUCAUCAACAAAAUAUUGAUUCAACAAUAUUAACUAAUGAAGUAACACAUAAUGAUAAUGAUUUAUCAAGAAACAGUCGACCACCAACACCAUAUGCAGUUUCAACGCAUACAUAUAAUGAUUCAUCAUCUUCAACGUCAACUACAAAUACAACAAAUUUACCACGUUAUAAAACUCUUCUUGAUAAAUAUACACCAAAUAAUAAUCAACAAAGUUUAACUACAUCAAAUAGUAAUAAUCUUAUAGAAAAUUGUUGUAAUACUUCAACAUCUUCAAUUAAUCAAAGAAAACGACCUAUAUCAAAUGAAUACAAUUCAUCAAAACGAUUUCAUCCAUCACAAUCAUCAACAGCAUCUUCUCAUCAAUUACAAGUUCAACAAUGUUCAUCAUCAGUAUCGAAUGGUGAAAAUGAUUCAAUAAAUAAUUCUAAUACAUUAAUACAUUCUACAACAUCAAUUUACAAUGAAACAAAUCGAAUUCGUUCUGAAAUUCUUGAUUCAAGUGAUGAUGAAGAUUCUUCGAAUAAUCUAUUUGCUCCAAAUAGAUCAUUACAUUCUUCAUGUUUAUGUUCACGUCAUCCAUCUCAAAUAAUCUCAUCACCCUCAUCAUCAUCAUCAUCAUCAGUUAUUCAAACGAAUCAUCGCUCUAUUCCUCAUUCUCAAUUAACAUUACCAAUACAACAACAUAAUCAUAAUCCGUCUCAUUUACGUCAUCAUUAUCGCCAACAACUAACAUCAGAAAUACGUCGUCAACGUCUUAGUGCAUUUCAAAAUCAAACAACACCAUCACCAUCAUCACCAUCAUCAUCAUCAUCAUCAUCAUCAUCAUCAUCAUCAACAAUGAUUACAGCUGAUCAACAUUUACAUGCUAUUUUAACAAACCCAGCAAUAAUAACAACAACAAAUAAUAAUAUUCGUAAUAAUCAUUUAAUUAUUCAACAAAAUUCGCCAUAUAAUUCAAAUUCAAAUAUGAAUAUAACAACAAGAAAUGAAAAUAAUUCAUGGCCAUCAACAUCAUUUUUAUUUCGUUCAUUUCAUAAUUUAAUUUUUUUACGCAAUAAUGAACAUGUUUUUGAAGAAUUAUUACGUAUGGAAGAACAAUUAAAUGGUUUAAAUAAUUCGACAAAUAUAGGUGCAAGUCAAGAACAUAUUAAUUGUCGUACAUUAUCAUAUAAAUAUAUAAAAGAAAAAAUUUCUGUUGAAGAAAAAUGUACAAUAUGUUUAUGUGAAUAUGAUCAAUAUGAUAAUGUACGCCGUUUACCAUGUAUGCAUUUAUUUCAUGUUGAAUGUGUUGAUAAAUGGCUAAUACAAAGUAAACGAUGUCCUAUAUGUCGAAUUGAUAUUGAUUUCCAAGGAGAUUUUGGUGAUUAUAUUUGUUAG